AUGUGCCUCGCAGCAGUAGAACUUCUCAGUUCCAGAGGUCCUUUAUUCCUCAUACCGUUGGACAGAGGAACUCUCCCUGAGGAGGUCGUGCAAUUGGAACUUCAAAAGUUCAAGCGAAGAUACAAAGCAUUAAUAGAUACCUUACUCCACAAUGGUCGAACGCUUCACUCUCGCUUCAAGAUUCCCAUCAACAUCACUCCUGAAUCCACUUGCCAGGUGUCUGACCAACAUGCAAGUGCACAGCUCUUCAGGAUGACAGACUUGAUCAUAAUUGAUGAAGUCAGCCAAGGUGACAAACUGUUAUUCGAAUGUUUGGAUCGAUCAUUGCGUAACAUUAGGAAGAAUCAAGAGUUGUUUGGAGGAAUCUACGUUCUGUUUGUUGGUGAUUGGAAGCAAAUUCUUCCCGUUGUGAAACGCGGAAGUCGAGCACAGAUAGUCAACGCAAACUUGAAGACAUCAUACAUCUGGAAGUCAGUAACAGAACUGAAACUAUCACUCAACAUGAGAGUUCGCAAUUCAUCCGAUGCCACCUUUGCGAUCUAUCUCAGAGACAUAGGAUCAGGGAACUGUUCGUACAUUGAGCCUCCGAGAAAUACGAUUGAAGUUCGCCCUGAAUUUGUGCUAUAA